ACUGCGCGCCGCAGCCUUCUGAUUGGUCGGCGCGCUGUCUUUGUCCGAACGGCCACUAGGGAGGCUCGCCUCGGAUUCCGUUAUUUACAUGGCCGGCCUCUCCGCCUAUGACGACACUCCUGAGAAGCCGCCAAUCGGAGCCUAGCCUUGCCCGAGCCUUCAUUUGCAUGUGAGCACUAUAAGUAGCGGGGGCCGGCUCGGCGGUCUUCGUUGUUCGUUUCUCGCAGUCGUUGCUUCUCUGCCUUUCGCCUCUUUUCUUCCUCUCGAUAUGCCCGAGCCGGCCAAGUCCGCCCCUGCCCCCAAGAAGGGCUCCAAGAAAGCCGUGACCAAGGCUCAGAAGAAAGACGGAAAGAAGCGCAAGCGCAGCCGCAAGGAGAGCUACUCCAUCUACGUCUACAAGGUGCUGAAGCAGGUCCACCCCGACACCGGCAUCUCCUCCAAGGCCAUGGGCAUCAUGAACUCCUUCGUCAACGACAUCUUCGAGCGCAUCGCCGGCGAGGCUUCCCGCCUGGCGCACUACAACAAGCGCUCCACCAUCACUUCCCGGGAGAUCCAGACGGCCGUGCGCCUGCUGCUGCCCGGGGAGCUGGCCAAGCACGCCGUGUCGGAGGGCACCAAGGCCGUCACCAAGUACACCAGCUCCAAGUAAGCGGGUCUGCCUCCGGAGUCGCUCGCGCCGCCCCCCCGCCCCGAAACAAAGGCUCUUUUCAGAGCCACCCACCUUCUCUCAAAGGAGCUGUCUCGCGCC